AUGGAAGGUCCCGAUAUUUACAAUGACCCUGAAUUUCUAAAGCAGAAACGGGAGGAAUUAAAAAUAUUUUUUCAAGACGCUAAACUACCUAAAGAGGUGAUAGAAAGAGCUAUUGAAAAUGAAUUGAAACCUCCGCCACAAGAAGGCGUGGAUAAACCUUAUAUUGCAGCAUCACAUCCUGGUGAAGUUAAAUCUGAGUAUGAAGUAAUGACCGGCCAACCGUUCACUACCGUUGAGGAUCUUACUAAACCUUUGAUGCCUGAGAAUUUAAAAGAGAUGUUAAAAGAUAACCCCAUAAUAGCUGAGAAAGCGCGCCAAAUCCAGAUCAUGACUAAGAAAGAGUACUAUAAACCUAUAGCUAUCCCAUUAGAUCAACUAAAUUUGGCAAGUUACGCUGACAUGAGAAAAGAACUGGAUUCGGCUGAGGGUGACGCUAUAAAGAUUAAUAACAUAAAUUUCAAAAAUAUGUUAUCAGUAAUGACGUCUGCCUGUGAUUACAAAGCGAAGUGUUCACAGGAAACCUGCAAAGACCCCACUAAGACACAAACUGAGGAUGAGAAAAAGGAAGAUGAGGAAUUCGAAGCCAUAGAGAAGGUAGUCAGUCAAUAUACCGAUAAGUCCUAUGAAACACGUUAUCAAGAAACUAAGGACAUGUUAAUGAAAAUGGCUGAAAAUUUUGACGAGGAGCAAGAAAAACAGACUUUAGAAAUAAUGUCGGAUCCUGUUUUAAAAGAUUCAUCAGUUCAAUUAAUAAAAGGAGGGAAAAAGCGUUCCGUUAUCAAAGAAGUCGAGGAAACAUAUGCAAUAAAUAGGGAUCUGAAUAUUUCUUUGAAAGGUAAUCCUGUGAAGCUUAAUCUUGACGGUGCCUGCGAAUCAAAACAUAUUUCCAAAAGGGAAGAGGUAAAUUCUAAAAGUUUUCAAGCAAAACUUGAAGAAACUGAAAAAACCUUAGAAGAUAUUAAUAGGGUUUUGCGUAAUGCGGUACCAUCAUCAACCUUAGAAAAACCGGAGGAAAAAAAUACUAAAGAUAAUAAAAUUAAAAUAGGUGAGGAAAUUCCAGCAGACAUCAAAAAAGUUCCGUUUCAAAAUGACAAUACAGCUGAAGAAUCUGAGAGUGAUUCACAAAAGAAUAAUCAAAGUGAGAAACAACACACGCAUCAAAAGUUUGAUGAAAAAAUGGAGCAAACUUUGCAGAAUGCACUUGAGGACAUUUUUGAAAUAAAUAAAAAGGAAAACGAAGACAAUAAGGAUAUGGAAGUUAAAGAAAUGAAAAAUUUAGCCCGCAAUAUUGUAGAAGGUGCCGAAAAUCUUAGUACACUAAUACGUGAAGAUAUUACAAAUAAAUUAAAUAGCAUGAAUGAACUACUUAAUGACGUAAACGAGGCUUUAGAAACUUCUAGGAAAUCUAAUAUUACUUACCAAAAGAUAAAGGAAGAAGGUGAAAAUUUAAAGCGAAAUAUGGUUAAACAAUCUAUAUCUGAAACUGUAAAAGAAUUAGAGGAAAGUACACCAAUGGAGAUUUGUACUUCCGAUCCACAGAUUAAUGACAUAAAUGAAGCUAUAAAAAAGUUGAAUCAUGAAAUAAGCGGCCAUGAAAAACGUAUUAAUCAAAGCAAGGCUUUAUAUGAACAAAGAAAUGAUGAAUGUAAAACAUUUAUGAACGAAGUAGACAGCAUCUUAUUAAAAUCUAAGGAAAUAUUGCAUCCUGCUAAAGCAUCAGUUGAUGAUUUAUCCAAAGUUGAUAUUCCUGUAGAAAAGCAAUCUUUAAAUAAACAGGAAGAUAAUAAAGUUGUAUCCAAAACUAACACCACUGUAGAAAUGAAAUCUCUCAAUAAACAGGAAGAUAAUAAGGGUGAGAAAGUGCGCAAAGAGUUGUGGGAUAUUGAUUUCGAUGCUUUAAAGGAAGAAAGAGAAAAACGGAAUGCAGAAUUAAAAAAUCAAGAGGGUGAACGAAAUAAAAGGAUAGACAACCUUUUAUUGGAUAUAAAAGAUAAAAUGAAGAACAACAAGGAAGUUUUGCGGCUAGCAAAUAAUUUGCUUAGAAGAGAAGAAAAUAAAAGGAAAGCUAAAGAAGGUUCUUGUAAAAUUGAGGAAGUGCCUUUACUGGAGGUUGAUGAGAAAGCCCAGGGCGAUAAUUUAGGUCCGAAAAAAAUCGCAGCAAACAGGACGGAAAAAGAUAGCAAAACAGAAGAAACAAAACGGGAAGAGGAAGAACAAAAGAAAAAAGAAGACGCUCUUACAGAAAAACUUAAACAGAGAGCAUUUCAGAGAAAAGUAGAGAGAGAGUUGGAAGAAAUGAACAGGGCACCCAGAAUGACGAAGGAAUUCAUUAGAAACAAUUGCCGGCAACAUAAGUUAUACUGCACACCCUAUCUAAAUGAUGUCUUAUAUCUUCAUUUUAAAGGCUUUUCAAAGAUAGAAAAUCUUGAAGAAUACACAGGUUUGAAAUGUAUAUUCCUGGAGAAUAAUGGCAUUCAGAAAAUCGAGGGCCUAGACACCUUAGCUAACCUGAAAUGCUUGUACUUGCAUUAUAACGUCGUCAAGAAAAUUGAGAACCUAGAUGGGUGUCCCAAAUUGGAUACCUUGAAUUUAGACCACAAUUUUGUAACGAAGAUAGAAAAUUUAGAUGUUACUCCUGUUCUCCACACACUCAGCAUUGCUCAUAACAUGCUUACAACUGUCGAUGACCUAAUUCAUCUCAAAUUAUGUAAAAACUUAUCCGUGCUGGACUUGUCGUACAAUCGUCUUGAAGAUCCACUCAUAGUAGAUGUGUUGGCGGAUAUGCUCGUUUUGAAAGUAUUAGUGUUAUCGGGUAACCCAGUAGUCCGCAAUAUACCAGCCUAUCGCAAAACAUUAACGCUUCGUCUGAAGGAGCUUUUGAACUUGGACAAUAGACCGGUUUUCGACAGAGACAGGGCUUGUGCCGAAGCAUGGCAGAGGGGUGGAGUGCAAGAGGAGGUUGCAGAAAGGAGACGUUGGAUAGCGAAAGACCAGGAGAAGGUGAUGCAAAGUGUCCGCUUCUUAAUCAAGAUGAGGGAUCAGAAGAAGGCACUGCGAGAAGCUCAGGAGAAAGAAGAUCGAAUCGCGCAAGGAUUGCCCCCUAAGGAAGAUGAAAAUCUGGGAGAAGAGAAAUUAAAAGAAAAGGAAACGAAUGACCUAAACACUGAAGGUACAGCUAAGGCUAGGAAUGUAGGGGGAGUGCCUGAAGAUAUUCUAUCACAAUCUGAAAAUGAAGAUUCCACUAGUGAAGAGAGUAGUGAUGAUGGCAGCGAUGCAAACGAUGAUAAACCGGACACCAGUAACAUAGAGUGGUCACAAAAGGAUCAGGGUAAACGACUGGUACAGGAGAUAAAGGAAGAGCCUCAACAGCAGACUUCACCUGAAGACUAUUGGUGUGGCUUCAGGAGUACAUUACCUGCGGACAGUAAGUCUUCGGAUUUUGUUUCUGACUUCCAAGCAAUGAAUAACUUGCUAUUUGGGUCUCAACCGCACAACCAGUCUACUAAGAGUUCUGAAGAAUUGAAAACAAAAAAAGGAAAGGAAAAAAAAGCAGAAGUCGAUAACGAUGAAGAAAAGCUAGCACCAGCAGUGGCACCGAAACCUUUAAUAGAAAUAAUUGAACCAAACAAAGAUACAUCUGCAGAGUCAAAAGACAAAAAAGUUUUAGUUGAAGAUGUUUGUAGUUCUAAAUCCAAGAUAGUAGAGAAAACUGUUACAGAAACGGAAAAAAAUAAUAGCAAUACUGUAGAAGAUGAAGAGAAACUGGGUAUAAUAGUCGAUGGGAAUCUCAUUAUAGACCUUGAUAAAAAGACAGUCACUACCAAACCUAAUAAUAAGGAAAGAAAGAGCACGAAGAAAAUUAAAAUAAAAGAAAUCCCAGCAGAUCCUGAGGUGGCGUUAACUGAAGGGUCGGGAGAGGCUGACGUAAAGAAAGUGCCUGAGAAAGAAGAAGACAGCAAAGUAACUACAGAGAAAGGAGAUAGUAAUGUUAACAAUGAGGAUAUUAAAGCUUCUACGAGAAACAAUAAUGCAGAGAAAAACACAAUUGUUAAAAGUGAUGAUAAGGGUAUAUCUUUAAACUCUAUGCCCCGCAUGAACAAUAAAAAAAAGGUGGACGUUAAGGACGAAGAUCUGGACCUGGAACCCAACGCUGAAGAUCUGGAAAUAUUUGCAGAGUUGGAUAGGGAGCAGGUCGAACGGCAAGCGCGGAUUGACCGCGGAGAACCAGCCGUUGAUCCUUGGAAACUGUACUAUAGGGAGGGCAUUGAGCAGUCUGAAAAAGAAGAAUGUCCACCAGCGCAUCUGAUUAACGAAAGCAAUUCUUCUCUUUGUCGUUCUACCACGUAUAGACAUGACAACGCAUUCGAUAGGAUCGCACUGAGCCAGCUUACUCGUGGCGACAGACCUGACGAGAGAAAAAUAAAGUUGACCUACGUACCGGGCGCUACGCUGUUUGAGUAUGUGGAUCAACCGUCUACCGAGGACCAGCAGGCUAAUAAUGAUCAACCACCGAGCAUUGCUGAAAUGCCUGAAGCUGAUCACUCCAUUGUCACUGAUCAGUCUUCAGUCAGCAAUCACCCAGCUACCAGCGAGCUCACAUCACUAUCCAAUAACAUCGUUAACCAGUUACCAGUUCCAGAUAUAGAGUUUGAAAUCGGAGAGGAAAAGAUUGAAACCGCUUCAUCUUCAAGUGAUACAUUAUCAAUCAAUAUUGAUUCCGAUACUGAUACAAGUGAAGAUAAAAAAGUUGAAGAGUUAAUUAAAGCUCCAAAAAGGGCUGGUAACAGACCUGCAACAGCUGUUACUAAACCAUCUCAAAAAGAAAUGGUUAAAAGGCGAGCGACGUCCACUAAGGAGACUCGUAAUCGUAAAGAGCAUGGAGACGAAUUUAAGGGAAAUAGAGAUGGAAAGAAGCAUGACGAACAUCCAGGUGAUAAAAAUGAUGACCACAUUGCAGAAAGAUCGUAUACACAUACCAUUACAGACGCCAGUCGUUCGAAUCCGCGCGGCGAUUUCGAUAUAACAUUUGACAUGAACCGAAGUGAGGCUAAACAGACGAUUAUAAACGCUAUUAAUUCCUAUGAAGACAAUAGGUUCCCUUCACAAGGUGUAAACGUCUCUAACAUGGCAGAAAACGCCCGCAUAGAACAGAAUGUAGCCUCUGAAAUAUUAGAUCGUACCCUCCAGUACGAGGAGCGGGAGUUAUACAGACAAUAUGAUAUGAUGACCAGCCACGCCGGGAAUAUAGACAACAGGACCAACGCCAUCAUCGAGCACAUCUCUGAUCAGCUCGAGAAUGAGUAUACCCUUCCAGAAGUUUCUCGCAUCUUGGAAGUGCACAUGGACGCUGCUGAACAGAGAUGGAGAGCGGGAGAAUUCGUUCCUUCCUUCGUAACAGAACCUGCGUCUACUAUUGAUGAACAUGAGACUACCCUCAUUCCGAGCCAUAACUCAACCCUCGAAGAUACUCUGACUGAACAAAACGCUGGUAGGAUGAUAACCAGUGGCCAAUCGGGUGUAAAGAAUAAUCUUGCUCCCAGUAAUGAGACUAUGGUAACUACGGAUAAUGCAGCAGCAGAAACCAGUACACCUAUUUGUAGGUCUACUGUUAAACCAAAAGGCAAAGAUCCUGAAGAAUCUCUUGAAAAUGAUGAUUUAAAUGAUUCCAAGAACUUUGAAUCUAUUCUGAGUGAUGAUAUCGUCAACGUCUCAACUGAUGAUGUAUUCGAAGAUUGUGUAGAUAUCACAGUUUGUGAGGAUAACGCUAAAGUAGAGGAAAAGUUUGAUAGAGUAGAAGAGAAUUAUUCUAUUGAAAUGAAGCUAGCUUUAGGUAUUGAAGAUGCGAAGUAA